CGCCUGAUCACCUGACCGGUGCUUGUCAGUCGCGAUCACGUGAACGGUUCUUAAGUCCGGAGCUGAUGACUGCAAUCUAGGUUUUUCAUACAAUUUUUAAACCUCAGGCGUUGAUUGACUUUUUUCAAACACCCUGAGAGGAUCCCAAAGCAACGCGGAACAAGAGAUUUAACAGAAAUGACAACUAAUCGAAGAAGCAGUCCUACUGAGGAAACCUCUCUUUCUCCAGAUCGGUCUCCAAGCCCAACAGAGCCCCAGGAUGUCUAUGAGAGAAUAGGAGACAAGACUGGAACAAACUUUUUUCAGACCUUAGUUCACUUGUUAAAGGGAAAUAUUGGCACUGGUCUUCUAGGGCUUCCUCUGGCUGUGAAGAAUGCAGGAAUAGUGGUGGGACCAAUCAGCUUGUUAAUUAUGGGAAUUAUUGCUGUUCACUGUAUGGACAUCCUGGUGAAAUGUUCUCAUCAUCUCAGUACCAAGAUGAGAAAGCCAUUUAUGGAUUAUGGGGAUGCAAUGCAAUAUGGAUUGGAGGUUGGACCUAUUCCUUUUUUAAGGAGACAUUCCAUUUGGGGAAGAUGGAUUGUUGACCUUUUCUUAAUUAUCACUCAGUUGGGAUUUUGCUGUGUUUAUUUUGUAUUUCUUACAGACAAUGUUAAACAGGUAGUUCAAGCAGCAAAUGGAACAACAACAAACUGCAACUAUAAUGAAACUGUGGUGCUCUCCCCAACUUUUGAUUCUCGACUUUACAUGCUGUGCUUUUUACCAUUCAUAACUUUACUAGUAUUCAUUCGAAACCUUAAAUACUUGGCUCCAUGGUCUCUGGCAGCUAAUGUUGCCAUGCUCAUCAGCCUUAUCAUGAUUUAUCAGUAUAUUGUAAGGGGAAUCCAUUAUCCUGUCACACUCCCAUAUGAAGCAAGUUUUAAGACCUACCCUCUCUUUUUUGGUACAGCAAUAUUUGCUUUUGAAGGAAUUGGCGUGGUGCUUCCUCUUGAAAAUAAAAUGCAGAAACCAAGAUCUUUUCGUACCGUGCUUUUCUUGGGAAUGAUCAUUGUAACUGUACUUUACAUCAGCCUGGGAACAAUUGGAUACCUUCGGUUUGGAGACAACAUUGGAGCAAGUAUUACUUUAAACUUGCCAAACUGCUGGCUUUAUCAGGCAGUGAAGCUUCUCUACUCAUUCGGGAUUUUCAUUACCUAUGCUGUACAGUUUUAUGUUCCUGCUGAAAUACUGGUCCCUCUGGCAGUUUCCCGUGUAUCGGAAAGAUGGAUGCUGGCUGUUGACCUGCUAUGCCGUACUGGUUUAGUAAUCCUGACUUGUCUGCUUGCUAUCCUUAUUCCAGAGCUGGAUUUGGUGAUUUCUCUUGUUGGAUCCAUAAGUAGCAGUGCACUGGCUCUCAUAUUACCACCAAUAUUAGAGAUAUUUGCCUUCUACAGUGAUGGCCUUCCUUGGUGGGCCAUAGCCAAGAAUAUUAUAAUCAGUAUUAUUGGGUUUGUGGGAUUUGUCACAGGGACAUAUGUUUCAAUCCAGGAAAUUGUGCUUAGGAAUUCCAUAAAGAAUACAUUAAACUUUACAGCCUCUGGAAUUCUUUAGUUGUACACAUUCUACACACCUAGAAAACAUUUUCUGAUGUCUAAAUAAAUCCAUUUUUUGGUUUAAGUAAAAUUAUUAGACUAUCAUAUAAAAAUGAAAUUAUUUUGAGUAUUUAAAAUAUUUUUGGAUUUAUCCUUUUGAUAUUAUAUUUGCAUAAAUAAUGUAUAUGCAAAUGACUGUAUAAAAAAUGUGUAUCAAAGCCAGAGAAGCCAUUUGCCAAAAAAGUAUAUAUUUUUCCACCUUGCCAUAGCCAUUAAUGAGAUAUUUAUUAAUUAAAUUGAUUGUGGAUCAUUCCAUCUAUUCAUAUUCUGAACUCACUUAAUUAUAAAGUUGAAGGGCACUUUUAGCAACAUUUAGGCGUAAGGCAGAACUAAUCCUGGAAUAUGUGCAUUUCCAUCAUGGGUAGACACACACCAACUUGCUGAAAAUAAAAUGGUACAAAGUUACAAAUUACGGAUUCUACUAUAGGUUUCCAGUUUUUCUCUCACAAUGUAUGUAACCACUGGUAGAAUGUAAAAACUCUAAUCAGAAAAUAACUAGGCUGGGAUUCAAACCUAGGCUGCAGCAACUGAGAGGCAACAGUGACAUUACAUCACUGUGUCAAAGAUAAUGAGUCUGCCCUGGUUUUAUCUACCAGUUAUGAUAUCAAUAUUAAUUUUUGCACUUUAUUUCUUCAAAGAAAUUGUGACCAAAUUUCUGCGCUCAGUAAUGAUUUAUAUUCGCACAAGCUUAUUAAAAGAGGCCAGUAUGUUUUAACACGCAAGGUACUUCAUGAUGAUGAGGUGAACAUUUUUAUUUAAUUAAAAAAAAAGAAGUAUUUCUCCUUUGUCGUAGGCAGUUUUAUUCCUCUUUACACCAGUGGCUCAAGAGAUGGCACUGAACAUGCAUGCAUUGCCCACAAUAAUAUUUACAUGCAGCAUGUGCAAAAAUUGGUAAAAGAUUUUUAUUAAUCCUAGAGCAGUGCCAUCUCUGUGGAGAGACUAUUUUUGAACCUGCUAGUUACAAUAAAUAUUUUAUGCAUAUUCCAUGUAUGUAUAAAAUAUUGUGUGUUUCAAAUGGGCAUAUGCAAUGAAUUUUUGUCUGUAUUGAAAAUGUUAAAAUUAAUUAUAGUUUCAAAUAUAUUAAUUUUGAAGGCCAGUAUGCCAUAAAUGAUGUAGUAGACUAAUGAAAUGUCUACAGAAAUAAUAAUGAAACUGUGUAUAUAUUAGGGCUUAAUACAGUGGGAAUUCACUCCAUUAUAUAUCAGUAUUGCAUGAGUAAUGGAUGGAUGGAUAUUCACAAUUCAUACCAUAUACUGUAUAUGAUACUGUUCCUUUCAUUUUCAGUCUAUAUAUUUCAAAACUGAAUUCAUUUAUGUAUUGUGUGAAUUUGUGUAUGUAUGUGUAUAUACAGUGUGUGUAUAUAUACAUAAAUACAAUCACUGUAUAAAAAAUGUGUAUAUUAUACAGUGUGUGUAUGUGUAUAUAUGUAUACAUUUAUAGAUAGGUAUCCAUCCUCAUUUUUUGAACAGAAAUGUAACUAUUAUUUUUUAACUGGUGUAAUUUCAGUUUCUUUAGUUUUCUCCCCCUGCCUUUUAAUUUUUAUAUUUUUUAUGGCAGUAUGUGUAAGCUCCUGUACUGAGACAGUUGUGGUAGCAGUCAUUCAGAUAUAUCUGAGAAAUUUGCUUGCACUGCCUUCUGUUGUGGUUCAUCCCCAAAGAUGACUGUUUUUAACACAGAAUAACUGUGCUGUUAUUCCUACAUCCUUUAUAAAGCCCCAGCCACAUUUGUGAUUUUUUUUCUAAAUAUAUACAAACGUCGAAAUAGCAUUGAUUGUUAUAGAAGUUUAUACAGAAUGUUGCUGAAUCAUGUAUUUACCAUCCCUAGCUGCAUGCUUUUGGCUUUUAACUCCAUGCUCUUGCUUAACAUACAGUAUGUAUAUUUUGAUCAUAUAACUUGAAAGAAUUACGUCAGCUGUUUAAGCAACACAAGAAAUUUCUUCUUGUGUCACCAAUUCCCAUAUUUUAGUGUGUAGUCAUUGAAUUGUGCAAAGACUUGCAUGGUGUGCUAAAUCAGUUCCUUGUGCACUGACCUCAAGAUUCGGUUUAACCAAAUUUCUCAUCAUGUAGGAAGUACAGUUGCACCUUGUUAGACACAUGCUGUUAGCUGUGACUGUACUGCCUGUUAGUGUACUGUGCACAUUGUGCGCUUAAUAGGACUGACAAUAUUCUACCCAAAUGCAGCUGUACCAGACACAUUCUGCUGAGCUGAAAGUCUUGCACUUUAUUUGUGUCCUAUGCAGUGUUUCGCAUGUUAACCAUUACUACAUGUACCUUCUCCACUAAUGUUGCCCAAAAAAAAAAAAAAAAUUAUAUUGCUAUUUUGUUGUCACUUAUAUUCAUGAUGAAAAUGAAGAUAAAAAAACACAGUUUGGUACAUGUUUUAAACAAGUAAGAUGUAAUGAAAUUGUGAAAAAACAGUAAUCACUGUUGAAAGUUGUAAAGGAACAAAGUAGACAACAAAAAAGCAUAUGUACUUUUUUUCAGAUGUACCCAGUGUAAUAAAAUUACCUCUUUUAAAAUUUUUAUUAAAUGGUAGUCAGGUCAUAUUUUCUUAUUUGUGUUUUGUUGAUCCAAUGUAUGGCAUGACAUCCUUCACCAAUUAUGCUGUCUCAUAUACCUGACACAAUGCGGUUUCUUUGCCUUCCAAUGUUAAGGAAAACAAUGCUAAAAUAACAUUAACUGAAUUUUAAAGGAUCUAGUUUAAUCAUUUUACUACUGAGUACAUCUUUAAUCACUAUCUGUAAUAAUUUACAAAUAUUGAAAGUCUGCUGUAUAAUCUUGUUUGCAGUACUUUGAGUCAUUUUUUUUAUUUGUUCACAUUUAAUGUGAUUUAUUUAUUUCAUAUUUGCUUAGUACCACUAUCAUGUCUGUUGUAACUAAUAACCGUGCUUGUGCAUUUGGGAAUAAAUUAUGUUCUUUUUUUUUUGCUAUUGCUAUUUAAAAAGGGAUUUUCAAGGUGGAAAAACUGCUCUGAAAAAGUAGUUUGUUUUAUCAGGUAUUCUGUUUUUAAUUGUUCAAGAAUAAUGUUUAUCUCAAAUCAGAUGUCAUCAAGAUGUUUUUGCUCUGGUAUUGGUUCAGUUAAUAUGAAUCAUGUUAUUUUAUUGUUACAUUGUGUAUUUUUUUGUUAUCAUAGCACAAGGACUUUUACAUGGUGAAAAUAUUUUAUUAGGGGGCUUUUAUAUUGCACUGUAAACAUUGCAGAUUUAUGAUAUUGCAUAACAAAGUGUGUAACAUGGAAUGGUACUCUUGUGUGUUUUCUAAUUGUUUUGUUGUCAAAUUUUUUUCCCCAACACCCCCAUGUAUUUGAGCAUGCUUGGGGGAUGUUUUGAGGACUGCGGGGACUCAUUAUUUACUUGAAACUGAAGUUUUCAAUUAAUAGAGCUGCCGUGAAUAUAUCAUUUCAGUUUCUGUAGACCUCAGAAUUAUGCACCAUUAUUAAAACCCUGACACGGAAUACUUGGACAUUAGCAAAUGAACAACUAAUUGGCUCAGAUGAUUAAAUUCAAUUUGGAACAGCAAUACUGUUUAAAGGUUCCACAUCAAUAAGAAGAAAAACUAGCCAAGGGCAGAAAAAGAUGUGAGAGCACAUAGGGCACCAUUAAUAAUAUAUUCUUUUGUAACAUUUUAUAUUUGUGGAGUCUAUACAUAUUCAAUUUUGUACAAUACUUAGCAUUAAUACAGUAUAAUUAUGGGAUAACAUAUUGGCACAAUGGUUAGCAAAAUUUUCAUGCUUUCCCUUUUUCUGUAAAAGUUAUCAUCACACAGAAAUUACACAAACUUGAAGGUUGGGCUGCUUUUAGGUUCUAAAUAUUCUUAUUAUCAGUAGUAGAGGAAAGUGGGUUGGUAGUAAAGUGAGUGUGUCCUGCUGUGAACUUGCUUCUAGUAAUGCUGUGGUAGGUUCCAGGCCCUUGCCACCCUGAAUUUGUAGGGGUGAUGUUAAGCUAGUAAAAUGAAUGGGUGGGUAGAUGUGAUGGAGCAUAUACUUAUUUUGGAACUUAUUUAAGUGAACAGCUAAGUGUAUAAUUUAGUAAAUGUAUACUGUACUUGGCAAUUCUGAUACAUAAGGUUCAUAGUAAAUACAUGUUUAUAGUGCAGGUUAUUUUGUGGAGUAAUUGCUCUGCAAGUCCACUGAAAUUUGGGAGACCUAAUCUAAAAUUUUACUAACAAUGUGUGACAGUAGACUCUCCCAGAGUGCACAUCAAGCAGCUGCUUUUCUGUAGCAGUUAGUUCUAGAAAACCAUGCAGCAUUUUGAUGUCAAAGUAACGAGAGGGGAUUCCCACACCUCUUUUGUCUGAUAAUGGCAUAUUUUACAUGAAGUACACAAACAGUAUUCACACACACACACAUCCAUCUUUCUUCCCUCUCUCUCUCUCUCUCUCUGUGUGUAUAUGUAUGUGUGUAUAUAUUAUAUAUAUAUAACACCCGGUUUAUUUAUAGUUUAAAGUGCUCAAUCACUAGCACCAACAUACCAAUACACAGUCCUUUCUUGCCGCCAGUCCUGCCACCUCCACUCCUCCUCAGACUUUGUCUUCUUCCACCCGACUCUGGCCAUUCAAUGGAGUGAGGUGGCUCCUCUUAUUCAGGUCCCGGAAGUGUUCCAGGUGGCUCAUCAGUAUUACCUGGAAUCACUCCCAGGUGUUCUGGAGAGCCUCUAUAGGGCUCUGCUGCUUCCACUGACGGCCCCCGCAGAACCCAACAGGGCUGCACCAAGCUCCAUCUCCCGACAUGCCCUGCGGGAAUCCGUGGUGCCACAACCGCCUAGGAGGGCUGCCCUCUACUGUCCCAGGGUAGGUAUUGCCUCACCAAUGUCAUCUCCCCUGGUUCUUCCACUCUGUUGGCAUCCCAGCCAGGUAGUGGCAGUGACCGCCCAUCGAUAUAUACAUAUAUAUAUAAAUAAAAUGUAACCUGCAUAUUUAAAUGAGGUUUAAAGACCCCUGUAUUCUUUGGGUGUUUGGUUUUAUUCUUCAUAGUCUUUUCAAGUUAUGAUCAACAGUUUAAGGAAACAUUUUAUAUUUAUUCAAGUACUGAGCUAAUAGUUGUUCUGCCUGCUGAGUUAAAAUAGCAUAUAAGGUCAGAGAAGAAUAUGCCAUCAUGUAAAAAUUUACAUUUUAUACUGUCUCACAAUUUUCAAAAAUGCCUUAUUAGAAAUAUUAUGAUCUUACAUUUGCUAAAUAAUAUUUUUUUCAUGUUUCCACUCAUCUGUAUUGGGAGAAAAUGCCUUAAAUGUACUGUAAUAUUUAAUAAAAUCAUGAAUAAAUAAUGUUUCAUAUGAUUUGGUGUCAAUAUAGAAAAUGCAUUAUUUGUAUUUGUAUGUACUGUAUGAAAAAUGGGAAUGAAUAAAUAAGGCAAGUUUACAUUUAUCACAGUCCUUGGUUGGCAUCAUGUACAUGUAGUCAUUCAUUACUACUAAUUCUAAUUUUCAAUGUGUAUAGCACUUUAUUAUUUUGAUGUCAUAGUUGCUUUUGAUGUAAUUAUUUAUUCCUGUAAUGUACCUUUUUAUAUGUAAAUAUUGCUAUGUGUUUUAUCGUUUAAGCAGCCAGAAGGUUUAUACCCUUAAAGAUAUGUAUAAAAUCUGUUCUUAAAGUUGAAUGUAUUUUUGUUUAUGUUGAUUAAAAAAGAAAAUCUGUCAUCAUUUCUCUUAACCUUUUCUCUUUGUGUACUCACUAGUUCAAGUCA